GUUUAUGUGUGUUGCAAUAUUUUUGUGAGUUUUUGAAACAGAGAAAAUUUGUGCAUAUUUAUUGAAAAUGGCCUUGACGAACAUUUUACUGUUAAGUCAAAUUGCUGGCCAUGUAAUAUUGGUUAUUUUAUCGUUAUGUAUGCUGGUUCCAUUGGGCAUGAACAUCCAUGAAUUCCAUGGACAUUGUUUGCUUUUCACAACAGGCAAGUGGCGAGAAGAAGAUGGGAUGUUUGAAGCGUUGUGGUCGUCUACAGGUUUUUGCAAUUUUCCAGUUUUCACUGCAAUUUUUCUCUUCUUAAUUUCGACUAUGCAGAUUUAUCGCUAUUCACGAAUGAAAGAAGAUGCUCCCUUUCUUUCGCUGUUCAUAGACGUUGUUAUCGGAAUUUGGAUGCUGGCUUCUUCUAUCCUUUCAGCGAUAAUGAUUACUCUAGGAUUUAUCGUUUGGUGUGAUGGUAUGACUGAACGCUUCCCAUCCUGUGAAACUGCAGCUGGACAAAAUAUCAUACACGGUGACCAAGAUCAAAUAGACACUUCCGGUUUUUACAUUGAAAUGGGUACAGCUCAGUUUGGCGCUUGGGGUUCAUUUGCCAUAUCGGUCGGAAUCGGAGUAAUAGCCCUGCUUAAGCUCAUACAAAAUCAUCAAGUAAGAAAUAUAAAGGUUUCUAUGUAUUUGGAGCGCCAACGAUUGGUAAACCAGCACCAAAAUCAACUAGCCGGCCGUUAUACACCACCAACAGCUUCGGAGACGAACAAUAAGUAGCUCGUUGAAUAAGGAUAUAACGAUAAAUACGAAUAAUCAAGGAUAUUCAUUAUACUAAGCUUUUUUUAUCCGAGUAUUUUGCAUUAAAAAAUUGUUUAUGAUAUAAAUUAGGGAUGUGCGAUUAAUCGAUUAAAUAAUUUUGUAAUUAAUCAUAAUCCGGAUUAAACAAAAAACGUGAUUAGUCAGAUUCUGUUUAGUCAUCAAAAAUAAUUGAAAUCUGAGUAAAUUUGCUCACAUCUUUCAUUAAUCAAGUUUCGAUUAAUCAGCUUGCUCGAUUAACUGAUUAAUUGCACAUCCCUAAUAUGAUUUAUGUAGGCAUACCGCCAUUAAUAGAAGAAUUUACAUGAGUCAAUUUUACAGCAAACUUUUAGUUGAAUGCAGCAGUUUCCUGGUGUAAAUGGCUUUCCCACGACAGUCGGGACUUUCUAUCAAGUAACACUCCCCAAAAACUUUGGGGAACUUGUAUGCUGCUACAACAAUAACAACAAUGAAGUUGGUCAGUUGCCUACUUCCGUUCAAGGCGAAUUUAUACAAGAUGGUGUUACUGGCGAAUUUAGAUUUUCACCGCGGUCCUUCUUAUGCCUUGGUUAUAAUGGACGGGGCGAAUCGUAACAAAUCGCGGCGAAUUCGUAAGGAUCUAUUGAUUUUAGAUUGUUCCGUUUUACGUUAUGUUACGUGCACUAUAA